GCCAAUAACCACCACGAACUAACUCCAGAUCAUGAUGCUGAGGCCGAAGGACUUGUGUCAGGGAUCUGGCACCAAAACUUUCCUGGAAGCCAUGCAGAGCGGGAAAGUCCACUUGGCUCGGUUCGUCCUGGAUGCGUUGGACGGGCGCAUCAUCAACGGGAAAACCGAAAACGGGCGCACGCUUCUGAUGCACGCCGUGUGCCUUCAAGAGCACGCAACCAGAUGCAAAUUCACCCAAUUGCUUCUGGAAAAAGGCGCGGAUGUGAACACCCGGGAUGACCACGGACGCACGGCCUUGAGUCUGGCAUGCGAACACGGACACUUGGAUUCGGUGAAGCUCCUGGUGCAAUUCAACGCUGAUCCAGAGCUCAUAGACUCAUGGGGAAACAGUGCCGUCAUGUACGCCGCAUGCGGGGGACACAGCCAAAUCUUGGAGUUCCUAGUCCGGGCGUUCAAGAAGCUGGGUUUGCGACUGGACCGCACAAAUCACGCCGGCCACUCGGCCAUCCAAGUGGCUGACUUCUUCGGGCACAUCCAGUGUGUUCAAACCCUCAACGGGAGCGGAAAGAACGGUGAGCCCGACGAACAGCACCGGGAACCCACCGAAGACCUGCGGUGGCCCAAUCGCCUCCCGAAGCAGGUUCUGGAGAGGUUCUCCAAACAAAUCCAAAGCAAGCACGAGGAAAUCCUCCCGGCCUUGUUUCAGAGACAGCUGCGGGUCGGCGACAGCAACGGCCUACGGAUCCGCUUCAGAUGUCCAGACGCCAACCAAAGCCUCAUCAGAUCCGAAGACGGAGCGGAUCUGCUGUUCGCUUCGAAACAGAUUCAAAACUCGGUGCUGAAAGAGGUCGGAAGCACAGAACGAGAGACGGACGGCGACGCGCCGCUUUGGGGGAAAACGAGGUCGUUUAAUCUUGACCUCAGAACCGGAAGGAAACAAUCCUAUCAAGGUGACGUGCAAGAAACCAACAGAUCUGCGAGCAAAUUCAAAAGAGCGUCGCUGCAAGACGAAAAACCGCUUGUGGCCAAGUUCUACAGCACAAAAACGACUGACAACUUCGAAAUCAGAAAAGAGGUGCAAAAGCGAGGCAGCGUUCCCAAAACGACCAGACAGAGCAAACUUCUGUUCAGUCGUGAAGAACUUGAACCUGAAAGGAUCAAACCUCGCUCUUCUGGGCUCUCCGGAUUCGGGAACAGACUCCUGCGCAGAUUCACGGCUCCUGAAUUCAUGCGACACAUCAGAGACUGUCCCAGCGACGCCGGACACGGUAGAGGGAAGAUGUCUCGGUCCGAGACCUUCCCCUUCUCACACACACACAUGAGAGUGAACAGCCAGCCGAGUGUGGACAGCAUCAGCGCGGUGAGAUGCGAGUUUGAGAGCAAUUCUGCUCUUAAAUGAGCUUUUAAUUGCACCAUGUUUAGAGUAAAACCAUCAUUUGGGCAUUUAAAAAAGAUGCCCAGAGACAUUAAAAAUAGCCGUGUACUUUAUGAAUGUAAAGACUUUUAACUGCUGCUGCUCUCAAGGUCUUUCACUGCCUCUGUAGAUUCAUUAACGUACUUCGGCUAAUUGACUUACUGCUGACAUUAUUAUGCACUGCUAAAGAGUGUCUGUGCAUUAAGUACUUACAUGCUUUAAUCAUGCAUGCAUGUUAUAGCCUAUUUUUAUAAGCAAAGUGAUUUGUGAUUUGUAUGCAUUAAAAUACAGUUUUGUAUAUCUAUGCAUAGCCCAUCUAUGAUGUAAAUAGUUUAUAUUCUGUAUUCUUUGAUAGACAAAUAUAAUAAAGCAACUGUAUAAACUGUAUGAAAGAGACAAAUAUAUGAAUAAAGCAUUUGUGUACGCUUCAAGCAUCUGUGUAUAAGAAAUAAAGCCUGAUAUCAGUGUUUUUUUAUAUGCAUGAUUUAUUCUUUAAAAAAUUUAAACGUAUAGUUCUCAUCAUCGACAACCAACAUACAAACAAGCACACGACGCAUGUUGUGGAAAGAAGGUUGAUUAUGAGUCAUGUGUCCUCGGCUGCGUCAUGUAUACAAACACAGAACUGUGCAAACUAACGAGGGGCCGUUCACACCAGAUGCGUUCCUGCGCUCAAACACAGAUGGAGUGCGACUUAUAGAAACAAACGCAGGAGUUCAGAAAUACUUAUCACUUGACAUGACACAGAUUUGUGUCGUUAUUUAAUUCCCUUCUACUGCUGAUUUCUGCAUAUUCUAACUGAAGUUUGAUCAAUAAAUUUGGGUCUGUUCCUCACAAAAAGCAUCAUAUGACUUCAAAAGCCUUUGAAUAUAGUGCAUGAGUGAUUUGCACGACCUUGCUGUUGUCGCUACACUUGCAAAGUUAUAAAUAAAACCAAGAUUACUGGUGUUUUACAAGAAAAUAUUAUUUCAGUUUACGUUUAUAUUUAAAAAUGUCAUAUUUAAUUCAGUGUAAUAUUUGCCUUUUCUUUGUAAUUGUGAAAUUUACAGAGAGUUUAUUGGUGUUUCUACAUCAAUUUAUUUAUUUUAUUUUUUUUGUAAAGGAAAUUAUAUAAGUAUGAAAAUUAAAAAAAAGGUAAUUGUGGCUUUUUAUCUCACAAUUUAGAAAAAAAAGUCAGAAUUGUGAAAUAUAAACAGAAUUGUAAGGAAAAAAAGUCCUCAUGUUUACAAUUCAUACUUUCUUUUCUCUGAAUUCUUAGUUUACAUCUAGUGAUUGUGCUUAGUUUAUAUCUCACAAUUCUCUCGCAAAUCUGAGUUAAUAUUUUAUGAGUUUACAUUGUAAUUCUGAGUUUAUUUCUUACAAUUCUGAGAAUUUUUUUUUUAAUUCCGUGGCAAAAUCAAAAUGCAUUGCGAGAUGCAAACUCAGAAUUCAGAGAAAAAAGUCAGAACUGCGACAUAUAAGCUUAGAAUUAAACCUGUGGUGAAAACAAGCUUCCAUCGGAAAGAGCUGCGGAAAGAUGCUUCAAAAACUGCUCAUUUUAUGCUGAAAAAAAGCAAUUAAAUGUGACAGUGCAGCACAAAACCAGUCUUAAGUCGCUGGGGUAUAUUUGUAGCAAUAGGCAAAAAUACAUUGUAUGGGUCAAAAUUAUUGAUUUUUCUUUUAUGCCAAAAAUCAUUAGGAUAUUAAGUAAAGAUCAUGUUCCAUGAAGAUAUUUUGUAAAUUUCCUACUGUAAAUAUAUCAAAACUUCAUUUUUGAUUAGUAAUAUGCAUUUCUAAGAACUUCAUUUGGACAACUUUAAAGGCGAUUUUCUCAAUAUUUAGAUUUUUUGUGAACCCUCAGAUUCCAGAUUUUCAACCAAAUAUUGUCCUAUCCUAACAAAUUUGAUUUAUUAUUUAUUCUUAUUUAUUCAGCUUUCAGAUGAUAUAUAAAUCUCAAUUUUGAAAAAUUGACCCUUAUGACUGGUUUUAUGGUCCGGGGUCACAGAUGAUCUUCAUUUUACAUAUGAUGUAUGUGUACAUAAAGACCAACACUUAAAAAUAGUGUGACAAAAUGAUUCCAGUGUGAACGGCCCCAAACACAAAUUGACAUCUCUCCUGCUCUCUUUUAAUCUGUCAGUAUGAUCAUUUAGGAAACAGUCCAAUAGGAUGCAAGAAUAUCACAAUGAACGUUGCAUCCAAAAUGUAAACACACACACACACACACACACACACCAACAAACAGACUUUUCCUUUCCUCUCUCAUAAUUAAACGAAUGCAAAUAUGGGUCGUUUCCCACUCUGUUUAUGUACAUUAUUUGUUCUUCUGACGCCUGACCGUCAAAUCAGCAGUUUAAGAAAUCAGGAAUCGCCGCAUAAGCGCAGAUGCAUUAUUUACACGGUUUACAAACCAUUCACAGCACCCUUUCCAAAAACAGGUGCUCAUCAAUCCAUUGAAAACUAAUAAUAAAUCAGUCAUUAAAAUAUAUACAGUUGGUUACAAUGGCUCAUAAAAACAUUUUGCACCUGUCAGUGCUGACAACAAAUGACAUCGAUUCACCGCCUUUUCUGAAGAAACACUUUCGCUCCUCAGUUUAAGAUUCAAGCCACUGUUUAGCCAUGCAAGCCAGUCUUACAAGCUUUAAAACGCAGGUGAAAUAUGUGCCUUCUGUGGCGUAAAAUCUCUCUUUCAGCCGGCCCAGACCGAAUCUGCGGACAUUCACAUUUUCUGUGCUGAUUCUGGAUGAAAUAUUAGCAUUUAAAUCUGGUAAAAUGUGUUAAACAGAGCUGAAAGUACUACACCAGGUUGUUUAAAGUAAAGAGUUGCAAUAUGACCAAAUACAUGGUGCAUGUCAUUUUAUAUCACAGUAACAGUACAAUGAUUUUUUGAAAUUGUAAAUAAAAUGAGGAUUGUUGUAGUGCAUUUUACAAGAAAAUACUGUUUCAGUCUUUCGAAUUCAAGAUUUCAUGUUAUUUAAUUGUGAAAUUUAGUAGAAAUCUUUUUAUGGAAACUCAACCCAAAAAGUUUUAGAUUUCAAUUCAAAUAACUUAUUUUAAAAUCUGAUUGGAGCUGUUGAUAUUUAUGCAAUAAUACAUACACAAGUUGUAAUGCGCAUCAAUUGAAUUCUGUAGAUUGUAGAUAAAUAAAUAUCAGUGUAAUGCUUUACAAUAAGUUUCAUUUAGUUAAUGUUGGUUAACUACAUCACUGCCUUGUUACAACCAAAACAUGGACGUUUUUCAACAGAAACGGACACUAAUUCAGUUUGUACACAAGGUACUUAAUAUUAUUAAUUAUAUGGUGUUAUUUUUAUUUUAUUUUAUUUUUUAUUAAAUUGAAUUAAAUUAAAUUUACAUAAUUUAAUACAUUAGAAUCUGAAGCUGAGG